AUGCUUUUGAUUUCGAUUUUCGUCCGGAGAAGGCUUGCCACUGGUGUGGUGGAUUGGCCAAAACUGAAGAAGCAGAUGCAGGUGAUCGCAGGCUGGGAUCCGGGCAAGUCUGCCAUGAUGCAACAGGUGCACAUUGAUUUGCUGGUGGCUCUAUGGGGGCGUGUGAAGGAAUGGCAUCGACAGGACACCGAUUGUCCCUUGGGGGAGUUGUCCUUCCGGUGGCAGCUCUUAGCAAGUCAAACCUCUCAGGAGCUGUCCGACGCUUUCCAACAUAUCAGCGAAGGGACGGAGGGCACAUGGAUCGACUCCUUGAUGAAAUCUGCCUGGGAGGACCUGAUGAGUCUGUCGGCGACAUGGCAGGAGAUCGUGGAGUCGCGGUGGCCCAUUUUCAGCGCUGUGGCGAUGACAGCCGGGAAGCUGUCGGGUCGGAGGAGCCUCGAUCAAAGAACUGGAGGGGCCCAGGUGGUCAACCCUGAGCCCGGGGAUUGCAGGCAUGAGGAGACGAGGAGGCGCUUCGAGGAACUCCUGGACGAGGACCUCAUCGCGAGCCCGAAAUUGCUUGAGUCGGCGCUCGCCACGGAGUGGGUCCGCCGUUGCCCAGUAGCAGUUGCCACAGUGUAUGUUUUGGCAGCUGAGUUUCACCUGCGAGCCCGUGAGGACGGAUUACUCCAGCAACCCUCGGAGGCAGAACGCGGCCUUCUCCGUCGUGCGGAGGGCAAGAUUCGAGCCCAUCGAGACAUGCGUCUCCUGCUCAGCUCCUGGCCUCUCUGGCGUGCCUUAGACCGCUUCACUUGCUCUGGCGUGAUAAAUGCCACUGUGGUCUCCACGUUGCCGCCUGCAAAGGGCUGGCUCUGGCUCUUUGUAAGCCGAGCUCGGGCGGCCGACCAGGACCUCGUCGUCUCCAACAGGAUCAGAGCAGAUCGUGCGGUCCACUGCCCGAGGGAGUUCACUGCUGUGAUGGAACGGGUUGCUCAAAGUCAGCAACCUUCCCGCAACAAGCUGAAGGUGGUGGAGGUUGGUGCUCAUUACGGAGACUGCUCGCUUUGGGCAUCUGCUGUCUUCAGCCCCAAGGUGAGCUGUGUCGGCGUCGAGGCCGACCCUUCUCGCUGGGAGCGCUUCCAGCGAGCCAAGGUGGCCAAUCGAUUCGAGGACGACACGCUUGUGGCCUUGCAUGGCUUCGUGGCCGAUCCACUGCAAAGCUCAGUGGUUCAUGACUUUCAAGAGAGCCAGUACUUCCGGUUCAUUCCCAGGCUGACCGUGGAUGGCAUCAUCCGAGAGCCUGUGGACGUUCUCAAGGUGCACACCAAUGGAGGUGAGCACCUGGUGCUGCUCGGAGCACGUGCCACGUUUGCCCGUGGUGUGCGAGCAGUCGUGGUUGCAGUCUUUAACUCGACAUUGGGCCUAAGAUCGGCCCGGUUUCUGGCAAAGCGAGGUUACGAAGUUCGAAUCGGCAGCCAGCGAUUGCAGCCUGGCAAGCUGCGACGUGCGUCUUACGUUGGCAAAAUCCUCGAGGCGGAAGGGCGAAAACAGAUGGUCGGCAUACAUCCAAGGCUCGUAUCUUGA